AUGAAAGGGAAAAAGGCUCGAUCCAAGUCAGAUGCGUCCAAAGCAAAGAAGAAGAUGGUAACGAGAAGCUCUGAGGCAACCCAGGGAGUAAAUUCCGAGGCUGAAAUCAACUCAAGUACAGGUGAUGAUGUUGCUGAUCCUUGUAUCACUGAAGUGUUGGAAACUCCUCUCAAGGAAGUUUUACAUGCAGAUGUAGAUCCAAUUGUUCCAUCACCAAGCAAUAAUCAAUCAAGCCACGGUGGUGAUUCUGAUUGCAACAAGGAUUCUGAUCAUCUUGAGAAAGAGGUAAUUGUUCCCAACUCUACUCCCUCAGUUGAUAAAGAUAUGCAUGUCGAGGAUGUUCAGAAUGUCAUUGAGACCUCAGAAUCUGAUGAGGUGUUGCUCAACACCCUUGGUGCUUCUGCUUCUGUUGCUUCAAAGAGGCAAAAGAUGACUAAUUUCAAAAGAAAGGUUCACAAAGAUAAUGCUACUCCUGUUGUUGAUGAGACUCCAACUGUGGAGUUGGAUAAGACAGAUACUGGUUCUGCUGCUCGAAAGCGCAAGAUUGGGAAGCGAAUUCCAGAAAACGUGCCUGCUGCUUCUUUGGAUAACAUUUCCUUUCACUCUGAAGAAAGUGUUGGUAAGUGGAAGUAUGUUUAUCAGCGUAGGAUUGCUCAAGAGAGGGAAUUUACUGGUGAGAUUUUGCAUUGUCAAGAAAUUAUGGAACUUAUUGAGGCUGCUGGGUUGUUGAAAACUGUUACUGAGAUUGGAGGCUGCUAUGACAAGUUGGUGAGAGAAUUUAUUGUGAAUAUAACUACAAAUUGCACUGUGUCUGGGCAUCCUGAUUUCAGGAAAGUUUUUGUGCGUGGUAGGUGUGUACAUUUUUCUCCUGAGAUCAUUAAUCAGUAUUUGGGAAGGAGCACUAUUGUCACAGGAAAUGAAGAGCUGUCCUUGAGUGUUAUCACAAAUGAACUCACGGCUGGUCAGGUUAUGGAAUGGCCUGUCAAAGGCUUGUUGUCUUCUACUCAUUUGAGUGUAAAGUAUGCUAUCUUGAAUCGCAUUGGUGCUGCAAAUUGGGCUCCUACCACCCACAACUCAGAUAUUUCUUCAGGUUUGCAAAAUUAA